UUCUGGCUUUUUUAUUUAUCCUUGAUUUGAAAAUACAUUUACAUUUCCGAAUACAUUUUUGAAUAUAUGUGCAGUACACACAUACUCAUCAGUUACAACCUGUUAAUCUCCACCAGCUUGGCCUGUUUUGUUAAUGGCCUUCAGACAUUGGACUAAAGUCUGUGUUUGAUUUGCUUUGAACUAUAUGUUCCUGUCUUAGUCCUCAUCUGAUGACAAAUGUAACAUAAUCCUAAAUUCCGUCAUGUUUUAGCAUACACAAAUGUUUGCCUUUACAGAACUUUGUAAGUAAACUAUGUUUACAUUUGAAAAUUCCAAUGACAGCUGCAAUUGUGUUUUUGACCUAGACAGUGUAAAACAGACCUUAUGGUUAUGUUAUGUAUAAAUUUAGAUAUUAAUAAGCGAAGACUUUAUGUAUAUAUACAAUAUGUAUGUCGUGCAGAUACAUUAGUUACAACCAAAAUGUCCAGUACAAACUUCUGUUAGGUUUGUAGCGUGCACAAGCCGUGGAGUUGCCGUUGUACCCGUUGGCACAUCAGAACCCUCCUCCUGCUUCAGUCCCUCCUAUCGGUCCUCACCUUCCUGUUCCCGUCAACGGUCCUUCUCUUUGGCGCUUGCUUUCAUGUCAUUGGCAUCACUGCAACAGACUACACCCAGGUCGACGGAGCUAUGUUUGUGCAGACACUGUUUGUUUGGAUCCUGUCGGUUCCGUGUGGCUCCAUGUGUUUGGCAUUUGUGUAUAAUCGGCCCAGACAUUCAGGGGAGGAUGGGACUGCAGCCAAGUCAGAGUCUCUUUCUGGACCUGAGUAUGUUCCCACCUCUGGCUCCUGCAGGAGCAGGUGUUUUGAGUUUGUUGAGCUGGAACCACCAAGCUGCCGCUGUGACAACCUGUGCAAGACGUACCUCAGCUGCUGCUCUGACUUUGACCAGCUCUGCCUUAGGACAGAGGGCGGCUAUGAGUGCAGUAAGGAUCGAUGUGGAGAGGCUCGAGAUGAACACCAUGCCUGUCACUGUUCUGAUGACUGCUUGGCUAGAGGAGAUUGUUGUACCAACUACAAGACACUGUGUAAAGGAGAUUUUUUGUGGCUGCAGGAAGAGUGUGAGGAGAUAAAGAGUCCUCAGUGUCCCCCUGGGUUUGUGCGCUCGCCUCUCAUCAUGCUGUCAGUAGAUGGAUUUAGAGCAUCUUAUAUGAACAGAGGAAGCAACAUCAUACCUAACAUUGAGAAACUCAAAAUGUGUGGAACCCAUGCUCCCUACAUGAGACCGGUGUAUCCCUCUAAAACCUUUCCCAACCUCUACUCACUGGCUACGGGCCUCUAUCCAGAAUCUCAUGGCAUUGUUGGCAACUCCAUGUAUGAUCCAGUGUUUGAUGCCACCUUCACCCUAAGAAGUAAAGAGAAACUCAACCAUCGCUGGUGGGGAGGACAACCAAUAUGGAUCACUGCUCUCAAACAGGGAGUGAAAGCUGCCACCUUCUUCUGGCCUGUUGCUAUUCCGUUAGAGAGGAGGAUACUGACCAUUUUACAGUGGCUGCACCUUCCUGAUGGCGAGAGACCCUAUGUUUAUGCUAUGCACUCUGAGCAGCCAGACACCUAUGGACACAGGGUGGGGCCAAAGAGCACAGAAUUGAACAACCCUCUGAAGAUGAUUGACAGAAUAGUUGGCCAGCUGAUGAAUGGACUUAAACAGAUGAAACUGCAUCGCUGUGUCAACAUCAUCCUGGUUGGAGAUCAUGGCAUGGAGGAGGCCCAUUGCGACCGCACGGAAUUCCUUAGUAACUACAUGACUAAUGUUGAUGACAUCAUUCUCAUACCUGGGUCUCUAGGCAGAAUACGUUCCAGAUACCCUAACAACAUGAAAUAUGACCCCAAGGCUGUUGUUGCAAAUUUAACAUGUAAGAAAGGAGGACAACACUUUAAACCAUACUUGAAGCAGCAUCUGCCAAAGAGACUGCACUACGCCAACAACCGACGCAUUGAAGACAUUCAUCUUCUCGUUGAGAGGAAGUGGCAUAUUGCCAGGAAGGUUCUUGAGGGCAGGAGGCCCUGUGGAUUCUCUGGUGAUCAUGGAUAUGACAACAAGAUCAAUAGCAUGCAGACUAUUUUUUUGGGGUAUGGACCAACAUUUAAAUUCAAGACCAAAGUUCCAGCUUUUGAAAACAUUGAGCUCUAUAAUAUAAUGUGUGAUAUUCUGGGCUUGAAACCUUCCCCCAAUAAUGGAACCCAUGGCAGUUUGAACCACCUACUGAGAAGCCCCCCCUACCAACCCACAAUGCCAGAGGAAGUGUCCAGGCCGACACCUUCAGUUCUUGGUCCUCCAAGAACUGAUGACCUGGGUUGCAGCUGUGAUGAAAAGUUGCGUGUAAAAAGUAGAGGCCAGAGAGCUUUGAAAGUGACCCUUGUACGAGGCUAUAACCUGGAGUCACUGUGGCUCUGUCUCUUACAGAACAAAGUGGAGGAGCUAAACCAGCGACUGAAGCAAGCUAAUGAUGACAGCAGGAAUCUCCCUUACGGUCGACCUGCUGUACUUUUCCGUACCAAGUACUCUGUCCUCCACCACAGUGACUACAUUAGUGGCUACAGUGAGGCUCUCUCUAUGCCUCUGUGGACAUCAUACACUGUCAGCAAACAACAGAUGGAAGUGUCUUCUCUGCCUGAAGCUGUUUCUAACUGUAUCAGACCUGAUAGCAGGGUGCCUCCAGUCUUUAGCCAGUUGUGUACUAACUACAGAGCAGAUAAACAGAUCACCUAUGUCUUCCUGUACCCACCACAGUUGUCCUCAAGCAAAGAGAGAAUACAUGAUGCAGUACUCAUCACGAACACUGUUCCCGUAUAUCCUGCAUUCAAGAGAAUAUGGGACUAUUUUCAGAAAGCACUGGUCAAGAAAUAUGCCACUGAGAGAAAUGGUAUCAACAUCCUCACUGGACCCAUAUUUGACUACGACUAUGAUGGUGUCAGAGACCCCUUUGAGAAAAUAAGAGAGACUAGCAGUGGGACAGUGCCCAUACCCACACAUUACUUUGUGGUCCUGACCAGCUGUUUGGACUUCACAGAGACAGCAGACUCCUGCAGCGGUCCUUACAGCAGCAAUGCAUUCAUCCUGCCACACAGAUCAAGCAAUGAUGAGACCUGCAAUAGUUCAGAAGAGGAGUCACGCUGGGUAGAAGACCUGAUGAAGAUGCAUACAGCUCGGGUCAGAGACAUUGAAAUCCUGACGGGCCUAGACCUGUACCGCAGAACCAGUCGAACUUAUGCUGAGAUCCUGUCCUUAAAGACCUACAUGCAUACAUAUGAGAGUGAGAUCUGAGUUAGCAUGAAUCUCACCAAAGCAUUAACUAUCGUGGAUGUAUGUGCUAUGAGAAAGAAAUUUUCUGUCACAUUCUCGAGUCUAUUGCUGCCAUUUACAGCAUCCAUGUUUUGGGCCUUGGUGUAAUCUAUUUUACUUAAUGUCUCAAAUUUUAAUGCACAAAUCAAAAAAUAAAAGUAAUUUAGUGUUGUGUGAUUAGACAGGUUACUGAGGUCAGGCCAUAUUCACACCGUUACGGAAUCUGUGAAGUACAGUCCCUCUCAUUCAUUUAAUGAGGGGAAAGGUGUGUCCAUUUGUAUGAUGUAAAAAAUUAUAAGCUUCCUAAAUAUGUUUCUCUAAUAUAUAGCAAUGAAGUCCAUUAUUUUGUAGCGUGAAAUGAACAAGUCAAGCUGGAUCUGUGGGAUAGGAGCCUGUGCCUGUCUGCUCCCCCCUCCCACCACCAGAGAGCACCCCUGACUCCUCUGGUCCUGGACUCCACACCACGUCCUUGAUCAGAUGAACAAUCAUGACUAGCCUGUAAGCAUUAGUUGGGUUAUGUUUUCUUCCUGUUAAUGAAUUUGAGAGCUUCUUAGUAGCUUUAGUCCAGUUAAACACCAGGCUGUUUUACACUUGACUAUGAAGCCGAUUAAACAGUAUCUAUGUGGCACAGAGACCUAUGAUCCAUGUAAAUGAUUUGCCCUUGCUGGGAGUUAACGGGUGACUGUUGGAGUAGCGCGGCUGAUCAUCUGUUGCGUUGAGCUUCACAAAUGUCACCUGUCACCAAACUCUUAUUAUCUCCUGACACUAAUAUGCUGGUUGUCUAGGUGGUAUCCUUCAAACAAAGCGGGCUUUGUGGAUAAUUAGAGUAGUUUUUGGGGAAAACCUGGGCUGAUAAGAAAAGACAGUGUCUUUCCCAUGUUGGAUGAAGCCUCUCUACAAUCUUUGUGCAGAUAUCAUAAGUAAAUAUGACAUAGUAUGUCAGUAAAAUGUAGAAUAAAAACUCAAGUAGACCAGUGCUCUGAGAGCAGAAGAUUUCUGCUGGAAGCAUAAGGAGUUAUGAGGUCUUUAAGAUAAGAAGGAGCUUUAUCAUUAAGUACUUUGUAGGUGAGUAGGAGAAUUUUAAGUUCUAGGCAGCCAAUGCAGGGAAGCUAAUGUAGGAGAAAUCUGAUCUCUCUUUUUAAGUCCUGUCCAAACUCUAGCUGCAGUAUUUUGAGUUAGCUUUAGGCUUUUUAAUUAGGCCACAUGUAUCCCCAGAUAGGGGGCAGUGUGUUUUACAGGAUAAACAAAUGCAUAAACAAAUGCACGAAUAUAGACAUGCCUAACGUCAAUUUAAACAGUAGAGUGAGGGCUACAGCACUAUAUAAGUGUCGUUCAUGUACGUCAAACACAGACGAAGAUAUGAUACAAUAAACCGUUAGUAUGUAGUUAGAAUUAUAGCCAGCCCUGGGCUAGUUUGCAACCCAUUUAUGGUUCUGCCACUGUGAUACAGCAACACACAUAAACAAGAGCUCAAAGGGAUAUGCACCGAGGCAUGCUAGCUAUCACAUGUGGUAAGGUAUGAGCCAAAGAAUAACAUACAAUGUACACAUAAAUAUCAUCACACAAAGUCCAUAUUACUAGUGAACCGAUCCUAUUCUUAGUAAUUUCUACCUUCUCGGAGGUUACCCACUCACUCUGUUACUAACUAGCCCUCCCACAGAGCUUGUCUAAAGUGAUUUAUAGGGGGGGCUUUUUUUAAUUGCACCAGGGCCACAAAAUGUGAUCAGCCAUUUUUACUGACUACCAGUCCUGUCACUCUUGUGUUGGUGUUUUUAGGCCAAUUCCAUAGAUUAUAACAAGUAAAAAGACACCUCACUGGCCACAGUCAGUUGUUGCUAGGCAGAGAUAUGGCUGCACAGACACCUGCCCCCCCAGUGACCUGUAAAGUGACAGAUCUGGACACGUGGUCACGAAUGAACACUUUCAUAUAUGUUUAGAUUGGUAUAGGUACUGUAAGUGGAGUUUGGAUAUACUGAUCACUUUUAUUGCUGUUUUAGGUGGAUAGUGGAAAAACAUACAGAAUAUCCACACUGGGAAACUCCUAAACUCAAUUGACUGUUGCAUAAGGAGGACAUGACAAUAUCUGAAUUAAAGAGUUUCCUCCAGUCACAUUUAGGAGAGACAUCCUCUGCCCAGGAUACAGGAUAUGACCGAUACCUUAGGGGGGCACUCGAGGUUUAGUAUCCUGGAUCAAGGCAAGGCAUACCACCAAGGGUUUAUGGUAGAGGGCUUGCGGCAUCGAUUCAAUUCAAUUCAAUUUUAUUUAUACAGCGCCAAAUCACAACAAAGUUAUCUCAAGGCACUUUACAAAGUAAGGUUUAAAACCUCACAAAACUAAACCCAACAAAUCCCACAUACAGCAAGCAUUUAGGACUGCUUUCGUUUCUCCUUGGGGGUGUACGUGUGGAUAAAGAUUCCCUUUGGACUCUCCAACACACCUGCAGCUUUUCAAAGAAGUAUGGAAGAAAUGUUAAGCUCACUCAGGGAUGAAUGCUGCAUUCCCUACCUGGAUGAUAUUGUGUUAUGCAAAAAACAUUUAAAAACCAUGUAGAGGGUGUUUGCAGGGUCCUCAAAGCAGUUCAAAAUUUUCCAGCCUUUCAAAAAGGCUGGAAAAAUGUGAAGUCUUUCAGAAAUAAGUGUGAUAUGUGGGCAGGUGAGACAAUUGCACAGGGGUCCUCAGCUACUAUUGAAGUUACAUACAGGAUUUUUUUUCGUAUAGCAAAGCCACUGUAUGAUCUUCUGCACAUGAAACCUAAAAUGUUGUCUAUACAGGCCUGACAUACCAAGUUACAGGAACCUCAGCUUCCUUCGAAAGCCCCUGUAAGAUGGUGUGGUGAGCAGCAAAAAGCCCUAAAUAAGCUCAUUGGCAUGCUCACUAGCCUCAUAACAGGGCCUUGGCGCAGUUCUCUACCUGCGUCAGAACAGCAAGAUGAGGGUUAUAGGGUAUGGUUCUAGAACACUGUCACCAGCUGAGAAAAAGUGUUGGCACUUAAUUGGGCAGUAUAUCAAGCGUUUAGAGACUUUCUCUGAUAUGUCUAUCUGCUAACUACCUCCCACUACAGUCACUCACCCAUACAAUAUUUGUGCAAACUCUGUGCAUCAUUAUAUAUCCAGUACAUAUUUACACAAUGUGCAACAAUUUUUCUGUGCAACAUUUGUGCAAACUGGUACAAGAUUUAUAUUUACUGUGCAAUAACCCCUGCAAGACCUCAUACUCACUCUACAGUACCUGUACCAGUGGCGUGCAGUGAGGUUGAAGGCUGGUGAGGCACUGACUUCUCCAGAGUCAGACUUACAAUAAAAGAACUUGAAUUAGUAUUUUUAUGUUCACUAUUGGCAAACACAAUUACUUUAAUUAUAACAGAGGAACAGAGGGGACCAAACAGUGAUACUGGCUUUAACUCGCUUUACUCACUUAAAACAGAACUUUGACUUUAAAAAAAUACCACAGGACCUAUCACACUUACUGUACAAUGAACAAUAAUAAAAACAUGAGACUUUGCUUUCGGUUAACACAGGACUUCUGCCUUAUUUAGUUAACACAGGACUACAAAUCAACACAAGACUUUGACUUUACUUGACUUAAAGAUCUACUGUAAGUUGGUGUCAUCAGUUAUUUUUUUGAAAACUGAAAACCAUUUGUGGUCUUAGUUUUAUAUAUUUUAUACAAUACCCCGUGUUAGGCCAGACGUUAUCACAGGUUUAAAGGGGUCAUAACAUGCAAAAUCCACUUUUUUGACAUUUUGGAGCGUUCCUAUGACUCUAUGGGUCACAUAUACACACACUGAGCACGGUAGAAAUGAAUUUCCUCCUUUUUUCAAAUUUUGAAAACGUAAAUUUUCUCAUCCAAUGAAAACAAACCACAACCUACUCUGAGACCGUGUCCCAGGUUUUGUCACACUGGUAGGAAGUUCUCCUUGCAAAUCCUGAACCACCACCCCCACAAUGAUCCCAAACCAAAACUGGUCACAGGUCACACAGGUACGCAAACACAAGGCGGUGGGCUGUCAAACCCAGACAGCACUGCGGGCUGUUGGGACACAGCUGUCUCGCAGAACAUUAGAAGCUCACCACAGGAGUAAAGGUAUGUACAGUAUGAUGAUCGUUUUUAUAUUUUGAUUGUUACAACAGUAUGGCACUAUUCAGUAUUCUGUAUACUAUUCUAGAUUUGAUUUAGAAGAUUUUUUCUCUUUGCUAGGUCAACAGGCUACAGUUGAAAGCAGAGACUUUGGUGUCAGCACAGUUGGUGCUUUUCAAUUACCUGUCCUGUCAUCUACACCUAUUAAAAGACCAUCUAAGCGAGCACGUUUGGAGCUGGAGGAGGAUGAUGAUCCUUUAGAAGGAUCCUCAGUCACUGAGCCUUCCCUUCAGCAUGAUGAAACCUAUGAACCUGGAGAUACUACAACAUCCAGAUCUGAAAUUGACACUUCGUAAGUUCAUCUGAAUAACUGGCUGUUGAUUAUUAUAACUGUUGUACACAUAUAUUAGGGAUAUAUGGAUCAUAUAUUAUGUCAAUGCGAUCCAUCUGCUCUUGUUUUUAAGUGCUGUACAAAGUACCUCACUCCACAACCAGGCAAAAUACAUUGUUUAUGAGUCUUGUCUAAUGGAACAGUUUGAGUAUUGUCCUGUAUGCAAAACGGAGGUGUGAGGUCAAGACAAGGAGGUUAGGGACCUUCCUGGCUGUGGAACAGCUCUGCACACACUGUCUGUUUUUAAAAAGAUGGAAUAGCCAACCUUUAGUUGGUAGUACCCCAGCAGGCAACAUUCAUCUGUCUGCUGCAAUUUACAUCAGUGGCGCUUCGUAUUUCAAAUUUCAAAACAUUGCAAGGGCGAUGAAGCUCUAUAUGUUCGAAUUCAACACUUUCCGGCGACAUUCCAGGAGCUUUGUGGAACCUGCUAUCAUCAGUGUCUGGAAAACCUGGCAGAAUUCCAUACUCCUUCGCCUAAGUCAGAAGGACAAGGUUAUUUUUGGAGGUGAUAUGAGGGCUGACUCGCCAGGGCACUCGGCUAAAUAUGGAAGCUACACCAUGGUGGACCUCACGACCAACAAAGUGCAGUUGGUUCAGAGUAAUGAGGUCGGUGGAAGCCACAAUAUGGAGAAAGAGGGACUAAGGCGGAGCUUGGCUAAAAUGUCACAGCAUGGAGUCAAAAAUUAAAGAAUAACUUUAAAUUAAAAUUUAAAUAUAUAAAUUUAUUUAAAUAUAUAAUAUUUAAAUAAAUAUUAAAUUCUUUCUGUAAAGAAUAAACAUUCAGGCAUACUGGCUCCAGUCCUGGAUGGUCAACAAUACAUUAUGGUGGGUUUGGCAACUGAUUCAGACUGUCACGAUCUGGGUUUUUGUUUCUUGUUUUAUUCUGAAGGACUCUGGUUUUACUUACGUUUUAGUUUUCUGUUAUAUUUUGGUAGUACUUCCGGUUUCUGUUUUCAUCUGGUUUGUUCCUGUUUCACGUCCCGGUCUCAUUACACAUACCUGUCUGUUAUUAGUAAUCACCGCCAGCAUUUAGCCACCACCUGAUACCUCAGUUAUAGUACGUAAGUCGUCCCCUUCCAGCAUUCAAUUGUCAACUUACCUCGACUUUGACCCUGUUCCGUGUUCCCGACUUCUGAUUAUCGCCUGAUCCUGACUGGUACCGUAUGUUGUAGAUUCUGUUACCGAACAUUGCCUGUUUACUGGAAGUGACUUAGCCUAAUCCCUCUGUGCUUCAAUCUUCGUGCCUGCAAGUGUAUUACCUGGACUGUCUGGAACUACGAUUUUGUAUUAAAGCCCUUUACCUUUACCAUCUGUCUGCUGCAUUUGCACUGCGCAUUUGAGUCCGCUCUCUGCCGUUCCCUGACACAGACGUCUCUGAACCUUAGUUUCAAAACAAGUGGUAAAAUUUAUCUAAAGAUUGAUAUCAAACCCCACUUUAUAUUAAUAAAAUUGUUAUACAUACCUGUGCAAUCUCUUGACAGCAACAGUUUUCAGCUUCUGUAGGCAUAGACUGGCACUUUCCACAUUGGCACCUAUUUAAAACACAAAUAUGGGAAAAUUUAAUCUUCGACUAAGACUAUAAUAAUCCCAUUUUAGAUACAUUUUCAGUCACAGCAGCAGGACGUGCAAGACAAACGUUUAACAUAUGUUUUUAGAUUAUUUAGUUGAGCUCUGCUCCCAAACAUGCUUUUAUAUAUACGUAUAAUUAAAACCUAAGCAGUGUUUUCUAUUAACCACUUUUAGUAAGUCAUGUCAACAAUGCCUUGUUCAGGUAAUUCAAGCUGCAUCGGCCAUUAGCAACCUAAUACUAGCAACUGCUAGCAUAAACAGUAGCAACAGGUAACCGCAAGAACCACUAAUCACGCUAACCCUAAACCUUGUAUAACUGAAAUAAAUUGAUGUAAGUGAGAAAUUUUCAUUGAGACACAUCUUGUAUCAUCCGAAAUGUGGUGACUUCAACAGCCUCCUCUUGAGCGUCAGGGUCAGAUUCGGGAUCAUAGAUGUAUGGCCGUACUAUACUACCGGACCAGCUAGCCAUUGUCUGUUAGAAUGUAUUCAAUUACCGUGCAUGCCGUGAGUCCUGUAGUGGGUCUUCUUCUUCUGUGGAGGAUUGCAGUGGAUUGCACCCUCAAUGUUGCGCUACCGCCACCUAUCGUAUCCUAACCCUGCGGUGGCUCGUACCAAUAAAGCCAAGAAAAAAAAAAAGAAAAAAAAGGUAUGCGCUUCCGCACAGAGGUGUGGCGAGCAGCUUCUCUUGCGACACGCCCAGAAAACAGCCUGUUCACUGAGUGUGACUGAAAACCACACAUUGACAGGGGCUAUGUGGACGAUCUAUAGGCGCAUAUAAAUGCGCAUAUUCAGUGAUUUUACUUGUGGAAAUGUUAAGAAAUUUUGAAAAAAGGGAGAGGAGUGGAGGAGCAGUGAGCAGCCAGGACAGGUGCACCACCUUUCCUGAUUGACACCUUUCCAUGCUGCCUGGUGCAGGCCUGGUGCAGGCAAAGAGUUUCAAGUGGCAAAAGAACAAGACUUAAUUUGGUAGCUGUAUUGUUGCCCACUGAAGGGGGUGACCAGGAUCCCCAAGCACUCUCUCAGGCCAUCAGCAUAAAGGAGUUGGGAGUCUGGAACAACGUAGACAAUCUGGCAAGGUACUGGGGUGAGAGGUGGUGCUUAAAUACUAGAAGCCUAAUUACUGAUGACAUGCAGGUGGUGUUAACAAGAACCGGAAGUGAAGCUGGGUUAACUGGGUAUGGAACCAAACAGGAAGUGGUGACAAAAUAAAACCGGACAUGACUGAAAACGUAACUAAGAAACAUGGAAUAUGACAGAACCCCCCGUCUAGGACGGAUUCCUAGACGGCCCAGGGAGCUCUGGUGAGGUUCGGGUCCAAGAUGUGACCGUGUAUGUUGGCGCUUCGGAACGGUGGCGGUCUGCUGCCUUCUUGUAGUGUUCCUGGGUGAUUAGCAUGGUUCGUCUAGCCUGGGCCCAGGUGCGCCGGCAGCGUCUCAGCAGGGCAUGAGCAGACGGAAUGAUGAUCUCCUUCUCCAACAACGGGAAGAGAGGCGGCUGGUAUCCGUAUGCACACUGGAAUGGACACAUGCCGGUGGAGGUGCAAGGUAAAGUAUUGUGUGCAUAUUCUACCCACAGUGCUGGCUCCAGGAUGUUGGGUUGGUGGAGGCAAGAAGACGGAGGCCGGUUUCCAAUUGCUUAUUCAUGCGCUCCCUCUGACCAUUGGCUUCGGGGUGGUAACCAGAGGUAAGGCUUACUUGGGCUACGAGCAGAUCACAAAACUGCUACCAAAAACGAGACACGAACUGAGGCCUUUGGUCUGAGACAACGUCUUUGGGAAACCCGUGCACCCGGAAGACAUGUUCCAACACUGCCUGAGCUGUCUGCUUAGCUGAGGGAAGCUUAGGUAGGGGGGAAAAUGGGUUAGUCUGGAGAAUCGAUCAAUGACUGUGAGGACAACUGUGUUAUCCCUGGACGAUGGAAGGCCCGUCACGAAGUCCAGGGCAAUGUGGGACCAAGGACGAUGUGGAAAUGGUAGAGGCUGGAGGAACCCCAGAGGUGGCUUGUGCGAUGAUUUAUGGGCGGACCACUCAGGGCAGGCAGCCACAUACUCCCAUACAUUUUUGAGGACGGAUGGCCAACAGAACCACCACCAGGUGACUGCCCCUAAAAGACAAGAAGUUGGCAGGAUGGUGGUGGGUUCCAUGACCUCAGACUCGGACUCGUGCACUCUUGAUAAGGCAUCUGGUUUGCCGUUUCUGAAUGCAGCGCGAUAUGAGAGGUGAAAAUUGAAUCGGGCAAAUAACAGGGCCCAACGGCCCAUCUUAGUGUUUUCUCUAAUGGUGAGAAUUUUAUUAGCAAAGUAGUUCAUAAAGUCAUUGCUACUAAGAUUUAAUGGUCCAUGCACACGCUUUUUUCAUGCUCCACAUUGCUUUUAAGCUCUCGUCCACAACGCUCUAUUUUCGGAGUGUGUCGUAAGCUAAACUGAUCGCCACACCCCUUUGAGGAAGCGCAUAGCCGUGAUCCGUCGCGGGAAUCAAACGCCACGGUCACUGAAUCCAUUGUAAAAGCAAAACUGGCUAACUCAUCCUCUUUCAACCAUAUAUUUGAUCCAAAAUCUGACUCUGAAGUAUAAUGGGAGGCUGUUGAAGUGGUUACACUUCGACUGGCGCAAGGUACGUCUAACUGGCAAUUUCACAUUUUAUUUAAUUUUUUGAUUUAUAUAAUACGUAACUUGAUUAGCUGCUAAUACUAAUGGUUGCCAAUAAGCAGCCUGGAUUAAUACAAGAGAAUAUUCAUAAUAACACGACUACAGAUUGUUUGGGAGCAUAGCUCGAUAAACUUAAAGUUUUUUUCUUUCUCGUUCUGCUGCUGUGUCAAAAUAAGUUUUCCAUAAUGGGGUCUUCAGCUGCAGCUUAUAUUUUGCCGUAUUUGUCUGUAAGUUGUUUGUAAGUGCCAAUGUAGGAAUGGUGAAUGCCUACAGAGGCAUGGUGUGACAGCAACUGUUGCUGUCAAGAUAUUGUAUGUGUUCAUUACUUUUAUUAAUGUGACAUGGUAUUUGAAAUUAAAAUUUUGAUAAAUCUUACCUCAAGACGCCUGAACCAGUUGCCAAACCUACUGUCAUGUAUGGUUGAUGAUCCAGGACUGGAGCCAGUAUGAUUGAAUGUGUAUUCAUUACAGAACACAUUUAAUAUACAGUAUAUCAGACAAUGGAAUAAAUGGAAUGGAAUAAAUCAGUAUCUCAGAAAUUCAUAAACAAUUUUAGAACAUUUUUCUAUAUACAGAUCAAUCAUAACGUACCUGGAAACUCUGGUUACAAACCUAAUUUUAGUUCUAAAUACAUAUUGACGUAAUAUAUUUUAAUUGCUUUUAGUAAGGUGUAUGAUAUAUAAAGUGCUAAUAUAUAACUAAUAGAAAUGUAGUUAUUGUUUUUUUCUUCAUAAAUUUGACAGUACUAUGUGUCAGGACUCGCAGGGAGUGGACAGGAGUGAGGGACCCAAACGCACAGCUCAGGAGACAGACUGAUAAUGAACCAGGUUUAUUUGGUAUAAACCAAGAUGGCAGGCAAAAACAGGAGUCGGGCAGGCAAUCGUCAGAACCAGGAAAACACAAUCUUCAGGCAGAGGUACAGGCAAGGACAAGGCAAACACGGUCAAAAAACGGGCAUGAAACAAAACCAUGGACUUACUCUGAGUUGGCUGGAAGACUGACAAACCGGGUGCUCGACAACAACAAACUGGCAGAGAACAAAGGGACGUCCAGGUACUAAAAUGCAGGAAGGUGAUUGAUGACGAGACACAGCUGGUGAUGACAUGACAGGAGACAAAGGUGAACUAGGCAAGACAGGACAGAAGCGGAAGUGCAUGAAAAUAAAACAGGAAGUAAACACAUGACUUAGUGAACCAAACUGAAGCAGACCGGAACCAAGACCGGGAACGACAAAAUAAAACAGGAAAUGAACACAACAGCCCAGGUUCAUGACACUAUGUCUGUGUGCAUCUCAAGUUGUUGCAGGUAUCUAGUCUAGAGAAGUCUGUUCAGCUGGUGCUGGGGACGUCUAGGGCGAAGAGUCCAAGUUGUCAUCUCACCUUUCCUGGUCUGGAUCAGGGCAGUGUUUCCUGAGGGACAAGACACCUAUGUUGGACUUAGACCACCUGUGGAAUACCUAAAUUAUUGUUUUUGUGGCAAUACCUCAAUAAAAGUUGAAAAAUUAUAAAACAUUUGUCUGUUUUCCCUCAUAAAAAAUAGUUCAGUGAACCAGCAAUAGUCAAAGCCAACUUUAUUGUCAACCAAUGCACCAGCACUAUGAUGCUGGAUAAGUUACCUUCACAGCUCAAUGUGCAGACCACAAAAUAAAUGGGUAGGAUUCAUAGUUAUGUUGAAAGCAUAGUUUCUGGAGUGGAACAGGUACAGUCAUGGGCAGUUGGCUGGGGAGAUGUGAGGAUCUUUUUUGUCUUCAGAUGUUGGAAGACAUCGGAAGCAGUGCAGCUGCUGUACAGAUGGAGGAUGCAGCUGUUUUCCUUGACACCACUCUAGAAGGUAUUGAGUGUAGUAGAUUAAUGAAAUGACCAGUAUUUCCUAUAUAUUCCACAACCCUCACAAAUGUAAACAAUAUAUAGAGGAAGUUACAUCAGUUUUAAUGGUGUUUGGAGCAAACACGUUUUAAACUUAUUUUAUAGUGCUGGUUUGUUAAAUCUUAGCAUGACAUUAAUGACCUCCUUUCUGUCAGGUUGCUCAAAUUCUGCUCAGAGGGCCGGUGGGACAGGGAUGUUUACAAGGUCCUCCAUAGAACAACCUGAGUCCAGCAGGACUUGAAGAUGGUCUCCAUCACAUUUUCCACAUAAUCUGCACCAUAACAAGAGAAUUACAAAUGACCCGUCAAAAGACUAAAAUAUCAAAAAGUUGACUAACCGCAUACAGAGAAAAUACAUAGACAAUAAUAUAGAUCAGAUUAUGAAUACCACAACUACUGAAAUGUGAAAUGCUAAAUCUCUGUCAAAUAAAACUGCCUAUUGGCCAACAAAUUAUCAUACUGCUGCUAAAUGUACAUACCUUUGCUCCUGAGGUGAGCAACAACUCUUCUACAAGUUAGCCGUGUGUCCACAGCCUGCAGUGGCGUCAGUUUGAGAAACAACCGCCUCGUGUUUUGGAAGCUGGAAUGCAUCAGCCUGUAUAAAAAAAAAAAAAAAAAUAUUG